AUGACACGUGAGGAAACAGAUAAUGAUAUGAUAUUUUUGGGAAUUGUUGGCAUUUAUAAUCCACCAAGACCUGAAUCAAAAACAGCUGUUAUGAAAUGUUUUGGUUCUGGAAUUGAAGUUCACAUGUUAACAGGCGACCAUCCUUUGACUGCGGCAACAAUUGCUAAAAAGAUAGGAAUACUUCCUUCGACUUAUUUAACAGACAAUAAUAAUUUUAGAUCACAAUCACAACUUGUUAUGACAGCAACACAAUUUGAUGCUCUUACCGAUGAACAGAUUGAUGAACUUAAAGAAUUGCCAAGAGUUAUUGCUCGCUGUAGUACUGAAACUAAAGUGAAAAUGAUUGGGGCAUUACACAGAAGAAAUAAAUUCGUGGCGAUGACUGGUAACAACGUCAAUGACUCGCCAAGUCUUAAAAAAGCAGAUAUUGGUAUUGCAAUGGGAAUGGGCGGUAGUGACGUGGCAAAACAAGCAAGUGAUAUAGUGUUGACUGAUGAUAAUUUUGCAACAAUAGUUAGCGCAAUCUCUGAAGGUCGUAGAAUCUUUGUAAAUAUACAGAAAUUCAUUUCACAUUUACUCAGUGGAAACGUAUCAGAAAUCGUUGCAUUGGUGAUCGGAUUGUCAUUUAUUGAUACUGAUGGUUUAUCCUUAAAUCCAAUGUCACCAUUACAAAUACUUUUCUUGAACAUGGUUACUAGUUCACCGCCUGCAAUGGGUUUGGGGGUUGAACGAGCAUCAAAAGAUAUAAUGAGAUAUCCACCCCAAAGUCGUCGUGGAUUAUUUUCAUGGGAAGUCAUUGGUGAUACGUUAUUUUAUGGAUGUAUUAUGGGUGGAUUGACGUUAACAAAUUUUUCUAUAGUGAUUUAUGCAGCUGGUGAUGGAAACUUAGGUAGCGGAUGCAAUCAUAGUUUGAAUCCGGAGACAGAAGACGCAUGUGAGCAAAAAUCCGAUUUGGUCGAUGCAUUUCUGUGA